AUGAACAGAAAAAGAAAAAACUUCACACUUCUGGCUGAGUUGGGCGACCCUCUACCGCUUCCAUAUCGACCCACGAGUGCCAUAAAAAACGAAGACGACGACAGUCAAGCCAUAGAAUCAAACGAUACUUCCUUCAUUGAGCCCACGAGGCGUAGAAAGUUGCCGCAGUUAGGGUAUAGAGAUCGGCUUGUUGAAGAAAAGCGUGUUCUUCUGCCCCGAUCGUUACCCAUAUGGCAUCAGAGAACGCCCAGCAUAGAAACAAACACGCGAUACAUACAUUUAGAUUCCAUACAGCGGAAAAUCGAGCAGAUCCGCGAAGAGUUUCUGGACGAAAGCGGAACAGAGCUAGAAAAACAGCUCGAGAAAAUAGAUCAACAGUUAGAGGAUAUUCUCGAACAAAGACAUGAAAACAGUCUAGUGGAGGAGCUCAAACGACUCCAGCAACUCAACGUGCCGAGUCCUAGCCUGAGGACACUGACACCCAAAGUGGGACGUCUUUUCCUAAUAGCAUUGGUUCUAGUCCUUUUAGCCGGGGUGUCGUUCUGCGCAGGGCAAAUGUCUUACGAGUAUUGCUACUACUUCUGUUGA